CUCGAUUGUCAUAACCCGAAUCCCCAGUUACUGUUCUCUGCCGAAAUCCGAGUGACUAAUUGAGGCUCACUAUGGACAUCCGGAAUUUCUUUGGCGGCAAGCCAAGUCAAGGCUCCAGCGACGCUGCCGCGAAGCCCGCGGCCAAAAAAGAGGAUUCCUCCGCCACAAGAAAGAGACGCAGCAGGAAAGUUGUGGAUGACAGUGACGAAGAAGAAGAUGUAUCACCCACCAAGGUACCCGCUACCAAAGCGAAGUCCAAGAGUCAACCAACGCCCGAAGAAAGUAAGGAAGAACCUACAACUUCCUCCGAUUAUUUCGCCUCUAGUAAGAAGAAAACACGACCUACAAAAACAACCGAGCAAACUCACCCCGAUAAAGCCAAGAUUGUUGCCGAAAAUGCGAAACCCAAGAAGACUGCCGAAGAACCUGCGAACAAGGGACGAACCACUACUCGGGGAUCAACAAAGCAAGCCACAAAGGUCCUGGAGGAUGAAAAUCUCGGCGCCGAUGACAUUUUUGCGAAUGAAUACGGAAACGCCGGCAAAGGAGACGACGCUUAUGUGGAUGGGGAUGAUAGCGACAAGGACAGCGACUUUGAAAUACUCGAGGUGAAGCCAGCUGCUGCAACAUCGAAGAUGCCACAGAAGAAGCAAUCUUCUCGCGAUGACGAGGAUGAUGUUGUCAUGGAAGAUCUCCCCAAGAUUCCUGCCCCGAAGGCUCGACCUGGCCGCAAGCGCAAAUCGGAAGCUCUCAUCGACGAGGAUGAAGAUGGUGACUACCAAGAACCCAAAAAGGAAACAAAAAAGCCAGCCCCGAAAGCGAAGGCCGCGGCAUCACCAGCUGCGAAGAAGCAAAAGGCUAGCCCUAAAAAGGCUAAAAAGGAAGACAAACCAGAGAGCAAAGAGCUCCAAGAUAUCUUCGAUAGCAUUCCUACAAUUGACGCCCCAGAACCUCCUCAGGGAGAGCCAAAGAAAUUUAAAUUUGGAGCGCAACAAAGCCGGGACCCGGUAAUGACUGGGACUAAGGAGAUACCCGUUGGGGAAGAAAACUGCCUUUCUGGUUUGGCGUUUGUUUUCACCGGUGUUUUGGAAUCCCUCGGUCGUGAAGAGGGUGCGCAAUUGGUGAAGAAGUAUGGUGGCAAAGUCGUGGGGGCUCCUAGUUCUAAGACGAACUAUGUGGUCCUCGGAGCUGAUGCCGGCCCAAAGAAGCUUGAGACCAUUGCGAAGCACAAGAUCAAGACCAUCAACGAGGAUGGUCUCUUCGAAUUGAUUCGACGACUGCCUGCCAACGGCGGUGAUGGAAAGGCAGCCGAAAAGCAUGCCGAGAAGCUGAAAGCCGAUGAAGCCAAGGUCCGUGCCAUGGCAGCCGAAAUUGACGCAGAAGAGAAGAAACGAGAAGAGCAAAAACGAAAGACGGCCACGGCUCAAGGACCCAAGACCACCGCCACCGCGUCUCAGACGCCACCAAGCUCACAGCCCGCAUCAUCUGGCGAUCUCUGGACCACGAAGUAUGCCCCAACAUCGACCAGUAUGAUCUGUGGUAAUAAGGGUGCUGUGGAAAAGGUUCAGGCCUGGCUGCGGAACUGGUAUGCCAAUUCCCAGGCCGAUUUCAAAAAGGGUGGUAAAGACGGCUCAGGGACAUAUCGUGCUGUCAUUAUUCACGGUCCCCCAGGAAUCGGCAAAACUACAGCAGCCCAUCUCGUGGCGAAGCUGGAAGGUUUCGAUAUCGUGGAGACCAACGCCAGUGACACCAGAAGUAAGAAGCUUGUCGAGAGUUCUACCCUGGGUGUGCUAGAUACAACAUCGUUGCAAGGAUAUUUCGCCGGACAAGGCAAGCAAGUGGAGAGUGGAAGAAAAAAGCUCGUACUCAUCAUGGAUGAGGUUGAUGGCAUGUCUGCAGGUGAUCGUGGAGGUGUGGGAGCUGUCGCAGCCAUUGUCAAGAAGACCAAGAUUCCAAUCAUCCUUAUCUGCAAUGAGCGAAAGCUUCCAAAGAUGAAACCUUUCGACUUCAUCACCUACGACGUGCCAUUCAGACGCCCGACUGCUGAGCAAAUUCGGGCAAGACUGUCCACUAUUUGUUUCCGAGAAGGCCUCAAGAUUCCGCCUCCUGUACUUGACGGCCUCAUUGAAGGAACACAUGCCGAUAUCCGCCAGGUCAUCAACAUGCUUUCCACCGCAAGACUGGAUCAAAAGGGUCUCAAUUAUGACGAAGGCAAGCAAAUGUCAAAGUCGUGGGAGAAGAAUAUCAUCCUCAAGCCGUGGGAUAUUGUCAGCAAAAUUCUCAGCGCCCAAAUGUUUUCCCCGAGUUCCACAUCUACCCUGAACGACAAGGUCGAGCUUUAUUUCAACGACCAUGAGUUCAGCUACCUGAUGCUUCAGGAGAACUACCUCAAGACUAAACCCGCUCUUGCGGGGAAAUAUCAGGGCCUAGAACAGCGACUGAAGUCGCUUGAAUUGCAGGACAAUGCCGCCUCGAGUAUCAGCGAUGGUGACCUCGUCGACCGCAUGAUCCACGGCACCCAGCAGCAGUGGAGUCUUAUGCCUACCCAUGCGAUCUUCAGCUUUGUGCGGCCAGCCAGCUUCCAAUACGGAAACUUCAAUGAACGGCCUGCAUUUACUAGCUGGCUGGGCAACAAUAGCAAACAUGGCAAACUAUCCCGAUACGUCAAGGAAAUACAGGGCCACAUGCGUCUUCGUACCACAGGUAACCGCGACGAGAUCCGUCAGCAGUACCUGCCUUUGCUCCAGGAGAAAAUGAUACGCCGAAUGAUGGACGAAGGCAAGGACUGUGUCGACUCGGUCAUCGAUCUUAUGGAUGAAUACUAUCUCACUCGUGAAGACUUCGACUCCAUGGUUGAACUAGGACUCGGCCCAAUGGACGAGUCUAAGAUCAAACUUGAGACACAGACCAAAGCCACCUUCACGCGCCUGUACAACUCGCGUUCGCACCCCAUGCCAUUCAUGAAGGCCAGCAAUGUCGUGGCACCUAAGCAUUCAAAGAAAGAGAAGCCUGAUAUUGAAGAUGCCAUUGAAGGAUCCGAUGAAGAAGAAGUUGUUGAAGAGAUCAAGGAUGAGGACGAGGAUGAACUUGAUCUGAAGAAGGACAAGUAUGUGAGCUUGCCUAAGAAAAAGAAGGCGCCGGCUAAGGGCAAGAAGACCAAGAAGGCCGAUGAUGAUAUUGAUGCCGAUGAGGAAAAGCCAAAGAAGGCUCACCUGCUCCUGCACGCCAAGAUGACUGGUGUCUCCGAAUCUGGUGGCUCUGACGAUGUCACCCUAAGUUCUCCGGACACUCAUCGUCCAAACAUCCAGUACAGAAAACUCCUUCCGAGGAUUCAAACCACGCAUCGUGCUCUCAUUCUUAGGCCCGCUCCAUUUACUGACCCUCAAGUCGAAGAAGUUCCUAUCCCGUCCCUACUGCCAGGAAGUGUUCUUCUGCGUGUCCUCGCAACGCCGCUCCACUCCUAUAGCAAGCUUGGCUUCGACUUUUACAACCCUGGGAGAUCUCCUCAUGAAAAACCAUUUAUUCCCGGCUCAAGUGCAAUUGCCCGUGUGAACCGAGUCGGUGAUGAUGCAACCACUUUGAAGGUUGGUCAACUAGUCUUCUUUGACUCAGUCAUGAAAGGAAGAGAUAACCCAGAGACGGUUCGAUUUUCCAAUCCUGUAUAUCAUGGGUUUGACUCUAAAAGCAAGGAAAUACUAGCCGCUAGCGGUUUCGCAGAUGGCUCAUAUGCCGAGUUUAUGAGGGCACCACUUGAGAACUGCUAUCCAUUGGAUGAGGCUAAGUUGAUGGGAGAUCCGAUGAAGUGGGGCUUUUCAUAUACCCCAGCACAACUUUGUGCGAUUGCAACAUUCCUCAGGCCUUUCGGGGGACUGACUAGCAUUGAUGUGAAGCCUGGUGAAACGGUGUUGAUUUCUCCGGCCACUUCUCCAAACGGCGUUGCUGCUUGCAUGGUUGCUUUGGCUAUGGGUGCAAAAGUUGUAGCCUGGUCUCACGAUAAUACUAAGCUUGUCCAUCUCAAUCAAAUCCUAUCACGCACUCACAACGGUUCGUGCGAAAGGAUCUCCACGAUAACCUGGACAGGCGACAGUACAAAAGAUGUCCGCAACAUUAAAACGUUUGGACCGAUGGAUGCGUUCCUCGACAUUUCUCCUCCAGGAGCCCGAGGAUCUCUCCAUCUCAUAUCCGGCAUUAUGUCGCUUAGGCCUGGAGGCCGGGUGAGUCUGAUGGGUGCCUAUGAGGAGCUUGAGAUCCCAAAUCUCUUUGUCACACGUUGCAAUAUCACAUUGAAGGGAAACUGGAUGUAUGAGCGAAAGGAUGUUCUUGCACUGAUCAAGAUGGUAGAGAAGGGGAAUCUUGGCCUGAAAGAAGAGGAUGGCUGCUAUGUUGUCGGCCAAUUUGGUCUGGAUCAAUGGAAGGAGGCAUUGGCGGCGGCAAAUCAGCUCACUGGAAUUGGGGAAAGUGUCGUGUUUUCUUUCUAGGUACAAUCUCGAGGAUAUUCAAAGACCUUAGUCUUGUUCGAUUAUUUGAAUCUCAAUGCAAGGUUAUUGUCAUGUCAUCAGCCACCCAUGCCAUUGAGGCAAAGUAGUUGAAUAUAGUAGUAUAAUAUGUUUCACAGGCCAACAGAAUUCUGUAUAUUCCUCGAGAUUGAGAGCAUAGCCACCUGGCCAGCAAAAUAAUUGAUUCGUCAAAUGUUGUAUGUACCUAUA